AUGGCUAUUGUUUUAAGGUUUUUUGAUAGAUAUGGUCAUUUACGAGAGCGGUUUUUUGAGCUAGUACAUGUCAAAGAUACAACCUCCAAGACUCUUAAAGAAGAAAUUUCUGUGGUUUUAUCUAACCAUGAGUUGAGCAUUCAAAAUCUUAGAGGGCAAGCCUAUGAUGGUGCUACACAUCAAUUACAAUUAGCUCUUAUUGCUGCAGCAAGGGAAGUAGCCGAGGUUCAUGAUUUUUUCAAAGAUUCAAUUUUUAUUGUUAACACUGUUAGCUCUUCUUCUAAGCGUUAUAAUGAGUUACAAGCUAGCCAAAUAGCUGAAUUGGAGAAUUUAAUUGAGAUUGAGGAGGUUGAAAUAAGGAAAGGAUUGAAUCAAAUUAGCACGUUGCAAUGUCCUGGGGAUACUAGAUGGAGCUCUCAUUAUAAGUCGAUUUAUAGUCUAUUAAAAUUGUACAAUUCUACUCGCUUAGUCCUUGAAAAAAUAGCCAUUGAUCGUCAGGUUCCUUAUUCUGAUAUAAUUCGAUCUCGACGCAACAAAGACACCAUAACAGUGGAGCAUCAUUAUCGGGUGGAUGUGUUUAAUACAGCUGUAGAUCAACAAUUGCAAGAGCUAAAUAGUCGCUUUAGUGAACGAAUAACAGAGCUACUGACUUUAAGUGCAUCUUUAAGUCCUAUUGAUGGAUAUAAACACUUUAAUAAGGAAAAUAUUUGUCUCCUUGCAGAGAAAUACUACCCCGGGGAUUUUUCAGAAAGUUUGGUGGAGAGUAGGAAAUCAGUUACUUAUCCAUUAGUUGAUAGAUUGAUUAGGCUUAUUUUGACCCUUCCGGCUAGCACACCAACAACAGAAAGAGCUUUCUCGGCAAUGAAAAUUGUGAAAACUAGCCUUCGAAAUAAGAUGGAAGAUGACUUUCUUUCUUAUUACUUGCUAGUGUAUAUUGAGAAGGAGAUUGCUGUAAAAUUUGAAAUAAAGUCAGCUAUAGAUGACUUUUAUUCUAUGAAACCUAGGAGAGCUCGUGUUAAGUGA